AUGUGCACGGAGGAACCCAGGAGUUCGCCCCCGUCACGCCCGAAGGGUACACGGAGACCCAGAGUCGCCCCCGUCACGCCCGAAGGGUACACGGAGACCCAGGAGGUCGCCCCCGUCACGCCCGAAGGGGACACGGAGUCCCAGGAGUUCGCCCCCGUCACGCCCGAAGGGGACACGGAGACCCAGGAGGUCGCCCCCGUCACGCCGUCCCGCCAACACGGAGACCCAGGAGGUCGCCCCCGUCACGCCCGAAGGGGACACGGAGACCCAGGAGGUCGCCCCCGUCACGCCCGAAGGGGACACGGAGACCCAGGAGGUCGCCCCCGUCACGCCCGAAGGGGACAUGGAAGAGACCCAGAAGGUCGCCCCCGUCACGCCCGAAGGGGACACGGAGUCCCAGGAGUCGCCCCGUCACGCCCGAAGGACGCCGAGGAGGUCUCACGCCGAAGGGACAUGGAAGGGAGGUCGCCCCCUCACGCCCGAAGGUCCAGAUUCGCCCCCGUCACGCCCGAAGGGAGAGACCAGGAGGUCGCCCCGUCACGCCCGAAGGACACGGAGACCCAGGAGGUCGCCCCCGUCACGCCCGAAGGGACAUGGAGAGACCCAGAAGGUCGCCCCGUCACGCCCGAAGGGGACAUGAAGAGACCCAGGAGUCGCCCCGUCACGCCCGAAGGGGAUAUGGAAGAGACCCAGGAGGUCGCCCCCGUCACGCCCGAAGGGACACGGAUCCCAGGAGCGCCCCCGUCACGCCCGAAGGGGACAUGGAAGAGACAGGAGUCGCCCCCGUCACGCCGAAGGACACGGAGACCCAGGAGGUCGCCCCCGUCACGCCCGAAGGGGACAUGGAAGAGACCCAGAAGGUCGCCACCGUCACGCCCGAAGGGGACAUGGAAGAGACCCAGGAGGUCGCCCCCAGACGCCCCCCGUCACGCCCGAAGGGACAUGGAAGAGACCCAGAAGGUCGCCCCCGUCACGCCCGAAGGAGACAGGAGACCCUGCGCCCCUGUCACGCCCGAAGGGAGAGACCCAGGAGGUCGCCCCCGUCACGCCCGAAGGGAACAUGGAAAGAACCAGAAGGUCGCCCCCGUCACGCCCGAAGGGGACACGGAGUCCCAGGAGGUCGCCCCCGUCACGCCCGAAGGAGACAGGGAGACCCUGGAGGUCGCCCCUGUCACGCCCGAAGGGGACACGGUCGCCCCUCACGCCCGAGGGGACCCACCAGGAGUCGCCCCGUCACGCGAAGGGGACACGCCCAGAGGUCGCCCCGUCACGCCCGAAGGGACACGGAGAGACCCAGAAGGAGUCCCCCGUCACGCCCGAAGGGACACGGAGACCCAGAGAGGUCGCCCCCGUCACGCCCGAAGGGGAGACCCAGGGAGCCCACCCUGGAGGUCGCCCCUGUCACGCCCGAAGGGGAUACGGAGGAAACCCAGGAGGUCGCCCCUGUCAUGUUCGACACGGCACUUUUUGUCUGAAGUCAAAAAGUUAAAGGUCUCGUGCAUCUUUAUUGACACAUAG